CUCCGUGUACAGUUUGGAGGCGCAGUGUCUGAAAUCCCAGAGCCGAGCACACUGGACCAUUUCUGCAUAGUUAAGUCCAGUUUUUGGCUUCUUCAUGAAUGAAUUUGGAAUAUGAGAGAUUAACAUAAUGUAGGAAACAUCAUCAGUCCUGAGAUUUCAAGUGUUCAUGUAAAAUGGUUUUCAGCACAGUUGCUGAUUUGUUUUGACACUAUACACGUUCAACGAUCUUGAAGAAUGAGACUGUUAGCGCUGGACGCGAGGAGGAGGACCGUGAAAAUGACGCUCCGCGGAGAUGGAGAGUGGAGAACCCGCAAGAGCGCGUGAUAAGCGGGUCAUUGUCGGUCUGAAGAAGUCAUAAGAACAGCGGAGCAACACUUAUCACCACUUCAAGUCAUGGGCAUACGACAUCUCCUGCUGCUCUUGGUCUAUCUAGACCCGCUAUGCGUCCUGAGCGCAUCCACCGCCAAGAGGAGCAAACCCUCUCCGAAGAGACCCCCAAAAGUCAAGGAGCUCAACAGCACCGUGGCUCCGUCCGUGACGCCGCGGCGGAUCACGCAAGUCCAAGCACCCAUCGAUCACGACACUUGUCUUAGCUACUACGACGUGAGCGGCCAGUACGACAAAGAGUUCGCCUGCAACAACACCGACCACCGGUACUGCUGCGGGAGCUGCUUCCUCCGUUUCUGCUGUCCCGUGAAAGCCAAGCGAGUGGAUCAGAGAGUUUGUACCAACUACAACACGCCCGACUGGAUCAAAACACUGCCGCCCUCACCGGCGCCAACUGGGGACACCUACGACCCCGCGCUGGACCAGACCAACACCACCGUCUACAUCACCUGCGGGGUCAUCGCCUUCAUCAUCAUCCUGGGGAUUUCUGCCAAAGUGGCCUAUGAUAAAGCAACCAGACCGCCUCAAGAGGUUAACGUCCACAGAGCGCUGGCAGACAUUUUGAGACAGCAGGGGUCCGUUCCGGUAUCACAGUAUGAGCAUGAAAACAUCCCCACCAUAGACACUUCGGCCAAAGAGAACACACCUGUGCGGACGUCCAAGAACCACUACACACCAGUCCACAACAAAAACAACCACGGACAUUACGGGAAAGAAAACUUCCAUAGCGGUCAAGACAUGCACAACUUCAUCUCCUCGGGCUUUGUGACGCUCGGUAGGGGACACCUAAAAGCACAGCACUCUGUAGAUGAUCUCGGGCAGUUGUCGUGGCAGGGUGACCUGGACAUGCCGUUAUCUUACAAUAAUCAUCAACACGAAUACACCAGCCAUCUGGAUCUCACUGGGUCACACACACCCAAAAUCGGACACAGAAUAGAGUACUAUGAGAAGCCAAGAAUGAACAACAUCCUGACGUCACAGACCGAGCCGUAUGAUCUGUCAUUCUCCCGCUCUUUCCAGAAUCUCACUCAUCUGCUUCCGUCAUACGAGACGACCAUGAAAGCAGACUUCAGUGACAAGGAUGACGAGUACUACAUCCGAAAACAUCACUUGCCUGACCUGGCCCCCCGCGGCGGUAAUCUGCAGUCACACAUGAUAAAGCUGAGCGUCGAACCCCCCGCACAGCGCCAGAAGCCCAAACGCGUCCAGCGGGCCAUGUCCCAAGACCACGUGCUCUCACCGGCCCGCUCCAAACCCCACCACGACUACGGCUUACCCUUGUACGGCGGCGGCGCGGAAGGUCUCUCGCCGUACCACGGACGCAUUCUGUCCGAAGAGCAGCUGUUGUCAGCCGAUCGACUGCACUCGCAGGAUCCUUUGCUCUCGCCGGAUAAGAUGCUGUCCUUGCGCCGCUCGAAUUUCCGGGAGAAGGCCAUGUCGCGAGCGCUUUCGCACACGGAUAUGUCCAUGCCGACUACGCCAGUCGUGGACCGACACUACAAAAUGUUAAAGAUGCAUUCGCACCCCAGCACCACGAACGAAUCGUACAACACGCUGACUGUUAGUAGUGCGCAAUCGGGCAAUAAGAGGCAGGCGUUCGCCAACCGGCGCAUGCAUACGGUCGAUCACCUGCAGUAUGUACCGGGACAUCACCAUCAUCAGUACAGGACGGCGAGCAAGACGGAAGUAACUGUCUGACCGCUUGAGAGAAUGGAGCCGAUUAGGAGAUGAGAAUGAGAUACGUUGGGACGGAACGGACGACUAUGAUGUCUACAAACAAUCGUCAAAAGUGCUCCGCGGGUUAGCCGAGAUCUGGCUCGAGAAACUCUAAAAUGACGGCGGUGUCCCGCUUUGACGGAUUCUUUUUUUAAGGGUACAACCUUGACGUGUUACUGCUUCCAGCGCAAGCUUUCCAGCUCAGUUCUUGGUCAGCUGAGGGAGGAUCGGCACUUUCUGAAGCGACCCGGAUGUUUUUACACAUAGAGCAAAACACAAGGGCUUUGCAGACGGACGCCGGACUCAAAGCGCACAGCAGCGCGCCGAAAGCGAAGACUUCCAGAAUGAGAACUGCUACGAAUGUGCACUGACUUUAUACAUACAGUAAAUGGACACGUAUAUAGAGGUAUGAAUUGUAACUUGAGUCCUAAACAUAGCUAUAGCGAUUCUUCUUGAGUAACAAACUGGCGUUAGCACUUUAGCGAGUGCCUCUUUAAAAAAACACGACCCAUUUCGAGUGCGAAAUGGGGAAACGGUUUAAAAGCACAAUAAAACUGAAAACUGUCACAUAUCUUCAUUUCUUCUGUGACAUCAUCAACUUUUAAGUCGAGCUGUGACGUUACAUCUUGCGUCGGUGAUUGUAAAUAACGCUCAGUGAGUUAGCUUUGUUCGUUACUUUUCCAGGUUUCAUCUUCCGUUUUCUAGCGUAAUCAACCCACCCAAAGUAUAUAUGAUGACACAAAUGUGUACACUAAUGUGUG